UGAUUAGAAUUCAGUGUCACUAAGAGGAGAAUAAUGUUACCACCUCUGACUGACUGGACUGUUCCUGUAGAGUGAGACCUAGAGCAACCACACAAGCACACUGGACUACCAGACCAGGACAUCUUCAUAAAACACAGAAUAUUAGGCACAUACCAAACACAGCUGACAAACUGUACUCCCAAUCUCUGGAGAUGCAGGUCAAUCUGGGAUUUUAUGACACAUCCACACAUUGUAUUCCGGCACGAGCAGCACAUCAAUGAGCACCAUAAACUGCCGCUGCUUUUGAUAAUGUUUGUUUGGGAGUGAGAUAUGAUUCAUGUUGAUAUCACACUAUUUUCACCAAUAACACACAACCUUGACCCUGGACUACUUAAAAAAAAAAAAAAAACACGAACUACACCUCACGUGUGCAUCGUAUACGAUUCUGUUUGUUUGAUGAAUAUCUGCACGUCCCAAUGACAUCACUUGGUAACAUGCAACCAGGCUAUAUAUUUGAGAGCAAGAACACACAGUACACAAUGAGAAGAGAAGUGGAGAAGAAGAAUCAUCCAGUAUAAUGAAGACUUCUGGAGCUCUACUGGUGCUGCUGUGCUGCUGUUUGGCUGAGACGCAGCUCAGAGGAGAGACCAUCAGUGAAAAUGACAUCACUCACCAGGGCCACUCUGGUGAAGCAGAGAACAGAGAAAAAGAGGUUAUGGGUGCAGCACAGAGAACUGAAGCUGCUGCCCCAGCCUCCACCCAACAAACCUGCCAGCCUGACAUCCACACUGUGCUGAGAGAGAUGAGCGCACUUAUGGUGGAGCAGAGAGUGGAGCUCAGAUACACUAAGACACAAAUGGAGGCCAUCGAGACCAGGCUGAAAGCCAGUGAGAAUAAAGCAAAGACCGUGGAGACCAGACUGAGAGCCAGUGAGAAGACAGUCGAGGAGCAGAGAGUGGAUCUCAGACAGACUGAAGCUAGACUGACAGCCAGUGAGAAGACAGUCGAGGAACAGAGAGUGGAUCUCAGACAGACUGACGCCAGACUGACUGCCAGUGAGAGACUAGUGGAGCGGUUUCAGAGUGAAAACGAAGGUAUGAAAUUACUGAUUAUGUUCCCAACUCUGACAGUGAAUCUGAACCUCACAGGGAGUCAGGUGGAGGAGCUGAGGAGAGAGAGAGAGAAGAGCAGGGUGUCUUUCUCUGCCUCACUGGUAACAUCUGGUAGUGAGACUUUUGGUCCCUUUAAUAAGCCAACCACACUGGUCUACAGACAUGUCUUCACCAACACUGGAAAUGCCUACAACCCCAAUACAGGUGUCUUCAUGGCUCCAGUCAGAGGUGUCUACUACUUUGCUGUAUUUUUGUAUGGAGGUGGUCAUGCAUCUACACAAUCAGGAGUCACUCUCCAUAAGAAUGAAGAACAUGUUGUCAUUGCUUACAGUCACCAGCCAAGCCACAUUUAUAGCUCCUCUAAUGGAGCUUCUCUGCUGCUGGAGGUGGGAGAUGUGGUCUAUGUGAAGCUGUGGCCCAAUGCAUGGGUCCAUGACAGUCAUAACCACCACACCACCUUCUCUGGCCACUUGCUCUUCCCCAUGUGAGGGAAGCAGUAGACCGAUGUAGAAGUUAUGUUGGGUGUGGAGUGAUGCUAGCAGUGAGAAACAGACAGAAGGGAACACACUCCUCUCCUUGUUUCCUACAUGGUCACUGGGUGGGUCUGGGCAAGACAUUUAGUGUGACAAAGUCAGGGUUCAUUCUCUUUGGUUGCUAAAUCUGUGCUUACAGUCUGCUCUUAGUUAAACUCUUGUUUUGGUUGGUUAAUUAGAUUACAGGAUUGAAUGGUCUGUACGUAUUCUGCGGAAUCAGGUAUUUUGAAUUGUUAUCUUCUGAUUGUUUUCCUGGAUGUUAAAGGACUUUUAUACACUA